AUGUCUUCUUGUGAAUGCUCGAAACGAGACCACCAAAUAACCCUCCGCUACCACGAGAUGGAGCUAGAAAAAGCAGAGAUCAAGUUCAAGGCCGAGAAAGCCGAACUCGAGCUUAAACAAUACAAACAGGAGUUUGAUCUCAGGCUACAGAAGGAGAAGAUAGAUAUUGAGAUUGGACGUAAGAAGGUCCAGCUUGAGACGAAGCACAAAGCCACCGACCAUACACACACGCAUAGUUGA